AUGGCCCAUCGCCUGCUGCCCGCCUGUCGCCCGCCGCCCGUCGCCAUGAGGCGCGGGGGCCCCGCCGCCAUCGCCGCCUGCCUCGCCGGGGCACUCGCGGUGCUGGCGGGGCCGGGGCCGGGGCCGGGACCGGGGCCGGGACCGGGGCCGGGCAGUGCCACCGGCACCGGCCGGCGGCCCCCCCGCAGCUACGGGCAUCUGGAGGGCGACGUGCGCUGGCGGCGGCUCUUCUCCGCCACCCGCUUCUUCCUGCGCAUCGACGGCAGCGGCGGCGUGGAGGGGACGCGCUGGAGGGAGCGGCCGGGCAGCAUCGUGGAGAUCCGGUCGGUGCGUGUCGGCGUCGUGGCCAUCCGGGCGGUGCACACCGGCUUCUACCUGGCCAUGAACAAGCGGGGGAGGCUCUACGGGUCGAAGGAGUUCAGCUCCAACUGCAAGUUCACGGAGCGCAUCGAAGAGAACGGCUACAACACCUACGCGUCGCUGCGCUGGCGGCACCGCGGCCGCCCCAUGUUCCUCUCGCUCAAUAGCAAGGGCAGGCCACAGCGAGGGGGCAAGACACGCCGGCAGCACCUCUCCACACACUUCCUCCCCAUGCUCGUCAGCUGAACACCGUGGGCAGCUCCAGACGGUCCUGUAGGAAAAAAGAACCAAAGAAAAAAAUGUUGUUUUAUUUAUGUACAUAUC